AUGGCCAUCUACGCCAUCAACCGGAAAUUUCACUUCAGGACUCCACGCCCGACACCACAUUUCAUGGAAUUUGUUUGUGUGAGUCCCAAUUGCGGUUGGCGCGUCUAUGCUUCCCUCAUGGACGGAACGGGCAACUUCCAGAUCAAGAAGGCGCAACUGAAGCACACCUGUCCAAUUGAUGACCGUCGGCAAUUCCACAAACAAGCGACAACUCAAGUAAUUGGGGAAUUGAUCCAGGCGAGGUUCGUAGCAGGACAAAAGGGACCCGGACCUAUUGAGAUCCAAAGAAUCAUGCUCCAAGAGUUCCAGGUAAACAUCUUGUACUGGAAGGCAUGGCGAUGCCGAGAAGUUGCUGUUGAGAAGGCUUUCGGAUCCAUUUCCGGAAGUUAUUCUUUACUUCCAUCGUAUCUGGAGAACCUGCAAACAUCCAACCCGGGAACUGUUUGCAAAACAGAGUUCCAGAUGGAUAAAAAUGGGGCGAGGAGGUUCAAGUACAUGUUUAUCUCGUAUGCGGCUACCAUUUCUGGGUUGGCUUAUUUAAGGCCUGUCAUUCUGAUUGAUGGCACUCAUCUCGUCGGGCGUUAUGGUGGAUGUCUGAUUUGUGCUUCUGAGCAAGACGGGAACUUCCAGAUUUACCCCAUUGCUUAUGCCGUCGUCGACAGCGAGAAUGAUGCGUCGUACGAAUGGUUUUUCAGAUGUCUGCAGACGAUCAUACGGGAUGGUCAUGGCGUGAUGUUCAUCUCCGACAGACACUCAUCCAUCUACUCAGGACUGAAAAAGGUGUAUCCGUCAGCUGCACACGGUGCUUGUUUAGUGCAUCUGACGAGGAACGUGACAAAUAGGUUCAAAGAGAGCCGACUCCCUUCGCUCAUGGUGCGUGCAGCGAAGGCUUAUACCGUGUAUGAAUUCAACCAACUUUUUGCCGAGCUGAGAAGCGUAAGCCCAAGCUGUGCUGACUACUUGACCGAUUUGGGUUUACCUCACUGGACCAGAGCAUACAGUGUCGGAGAACGCUACAACAUCAUGAAAACCGAUGUAGCUGAGUCGCUUAACAAAGUGCUGAAGGAAUGUAGGGAGUUCCCCUUGAUCUCUAUGCUUGAAGCUAUACGUAUGAGUCUGAUGGGAUGGUUUGUACGGAGGAGAGCUGCUUACGCUUCAGAGAUACAUCAACUGACGCCUAAGGUGGUUAUGGUCAAUCAGGAUGAGUUCGAGGUUUACGAUCGAAAUGGUGGGAGGUUUGAAGUGAAUUUGUGCACGUGCAGAGAAUUCCAAAUGCUCCUCAUACCGUGUUGCCACGCAUUGGCUGCUACCUCGUUAUGCAAAAUAAGUAACGACAACCUUGUGGGCGAAGUGUACAGCACCGGCUUUGUGAGGUCGCUCUAUGAGGGAGUUUUCCACCCAGUUCCAACACCGGUGAGUAAUGGUGAUGGGGAACUGCUUCUGCCCAUAAUGCGCCGUCCACCUGGAAGGCCGAAGAAAACCAGAAUCCCAUCCCGUGGAGAAUUCAAGAUGAGACGUUCGAAGAAGGCGGUGAGACUUUGCACAAGGUGCCUUGGUCGUGGUCACAACAAAGCGUCCUGCAAACUUCCAGUCAGGGAAAAGUGA